UCAGGAUCUAGCGUCUUGUAAUGUGAAAGAAGUGUUGAUUUUGAUUGCGUUACGGAUUGCAACUUUCAGUAAACGGUUUUGCAGGCCGCCAGCACAUCUACUUCACCAGUGUGUUCUUUCAAGAUGGUGUGAAGAGCUUGACGGGUUCGAGGAGUACCACGAUGGAUUAUUACUGCAACACACCGUUCUGGAAUACAACUGUGUCAUGGCAGACGGAGCGGCCGGACCUUACAGCAUGUUUCCAAGACACUGCGCUAACGUGGACACCGUGUCUGUUUGCCUGGCUACUGGCUCCUUUCGAAGCAUUUUCUAUAGCUAAAUCAAGAAAUGCUCCUAAUGCCUGGCGCUGGCAUACUGUUGCAAAGUUGCUCUUCCUCGUAAUCACCAUGUGUUCCACAAUCUACCUCCUUGUUCAUGAGUCUAUGCAAUAUAGUAGUACUCAUGUUGGCCCAUCACACAUUGUAGGAAUAGUCGUCACACUCUUAACACUGGUUCUCAUUCUUCUGCUAGCUCUUCAGAGCAGAAGCAAAGGCUUCAGAGCUUCUACGGUUGUGCCUGUUUUCUGGUUGUCAUAUUCCAUCAGCACGGGGCUCCAGUUUUACUCAGUCAUGUACUUUAAUAGUGGAGAUAAAUUAAAUUCAUGGCAGAUCGUGAGACUUUGUUUGUUCCCUCUUGGCAUAGUACAGCUUUUGCUGUCAUUUUUCUCUGAUGCACCAUCUGACCAUGGCUUCUUGCCAUUGGAAGAUGACAACAUGUACUAUUGUCCCAUGGAAGAGUGGACAGUAUUUCCACGAAUUUUCUUUGCUUACUUGUGGAGAGUUAUCAUUUUGGGUAUGCAAGACAAACUAGAACUGGUGUCACUGAACAAGCUCUGCACUGACCUGAAAUGCUCUACUGUUACGCAUCAGUUUGAGAAUGUCUCCGUGCCUCGUCGUGAAAAACCUCUACGUGUCUACGUGGAUGAGCAAGGUCAGUAUCACAUCAUUGACCAUCCUAAGAAGAAACUCUAUCUUCCAUAUGCAGUUUUUGCCCUGUGCCGCUGGGAACUUUUUUUGUCCUCAGUCACGGAGGGCGUGUCUAUUGCUUUCAGCUUUCUUCCACCGUUGAUGCUCAGCUACCUCCUCAGCUACUUAAGUAGUGGAGAGUACACCUGGCAUGGGUAUAUCUAUGCUCUGGGCUAUUCGCUGUUCCAGUGCAUAUUUGGAAUAUCAGAUGCACACUCUGUGUAUUUCAUUGGAUUUGGAGCUUACCGUGUACAGUCUGCACUUACCGCUGCGCUUUAUAAAAAGGUUUACAGGAUCUCUAGCAGUGCAAGACGUAAAUACACCACAGGGGAAAUAAUGAACUUGAUGUCCGUGGACGUAACAGAAGUGGCGCAGUUCAUUCUGCUGAGCACACAGUUCUGGAGCGUGCCCGUCCGUGUUACUAUAACCAUGGUGCUUCUGUGGCACUAUUUAGGACCCGCUUGUCUGGCCACCUUGGUGGUAAUGGCUUUGGUGACAGCCGCAACAACCUACGUCGCCAGGAUAUGUGACAAAUUUCAGGAAAUGCAAAUGAAGGAAAAGGACUAUCGCCUCCGCCAGAUCAGUGAAAUCCUCAAUGGUAUAAAGGUUUUAAAGCUCUAUGCAUGGGAGCUUCCAUUUAUUGCGAGGGUUACCAAAACUCGUUCUAGGGAGCUGGCUCUCUUGAAGAAAUUCGCUAUUUUGGACUCUGCCUUCGGUUUCCUGUGGAGCGUCGCACCACACGUGGCUGCACUGAUGUCUUUUGGAACCUUCAUCUGGCUGAAUCCCGAUAAAGACCUGACUCCAUCCAUCGCCUUUGUUUCGUUCACACUGUUUAUGCUUCUACGCUUUCCCAUGGGAAUCCUGCCCGACAUUAUUUCCCGUUUAAUAAGGCUUGUUGUUUCCUUGGGGAGAUUGUCGAAGUUCCUGAAUGAAGAGGACCUCAAUCCUACAGCUGUUGGCAGUGUACCUGAUGGAGGUGAUGCUGUCACUGUGAGGGACGCAACAUUUGCGUGGUCAAGUACGGAUCCACCAGUUUUGAGAGAAAUAAACCUGCAUGUAAAGCAUGGCACUCUAGUUGCUGUUAUUGGAGCAGUUGGUUCUGGGAAAACGUCUCUUCUGUACUCCAUGCUUGGAAGUCUGGAAAAAAGGUCCGGUUCAUUGGACAUACAGGGCCCACUUGCCUAUGUCGCACAGCAGUCAUGGAUACAGAAUGCAACCUUGAAGGAGAAUAUUGUUUUCACCAGCACAUUGGACGAAGAUUGGUACGAGAAAGUAGUGCGUGGCUGUGCAUUGCUGCCAGACUUGGAAGUACUUCCUGCGGGCGAAGAUACAGAAAUUGGAGAAAAGGGCAUUAACCUGAGUGGAGGGCAGAAAGUACGGCUUAGUCUUGCUCGUGCUGUGUACCAAAACGCAGAACUGUAUCUUUUGGACGAUCCCCUAAGUGCUGUAGAUGUGCAUGUGGCAUCCCAGCUCUUCGAUGAAGUCAUUGGACCUGAGGGCCUUCUUAAGUCUAAAACUCGCAUACUAGUAACCCACUCUGUGACCUACCUGCCACAAGUUGAUUGGAUAGUUGUAUUGGAUAAAGGUGCUAUUAGUGAGCAAGGCACAUUCAGUCAGUUGAUGGAAGCCAAUGGAAGCUUUUCUACUUUCCUUAAGAAGCACAGGGUUGGUGAAGGAAACUCUGACAGCAAUGAGCAGUCGGGGGAGGAAGAAACAGACACAACUGAUGGUGCAAAAGAGAAACAGGAUGAAGAUGAUGACCAGGAAAAGCUAAGGUUGACAGAUGAGGAGAGCAUUUACGUUGGAAAGAUUGGAUGGCGAGUCUAUUACGAAUACUUCCAUCGUGUUGGCUGGCAAUAUGUAAUACCUACGGUAGUUGCCAGUGCUGUGGCUUACGGGAGUGAGUUUGGCUCUGGGCUAUGGCUGAGCAAGUGGUCUUCUGACACAGAAAAGUCUCGACGUACAACGUACAUUCUGGUCUACGGGAUGUUCCUGCUCAGCUACAGCAUCUUCACUUUCGUUGACUGGAUUGUCUUCAUGGUAGGAUGCCUACGAGCAUCGUCUUCCUUCCAUGGAGAGCUGCUCUACAAGAUAAUGAGAUCACCCCUCGCCUUCUUCGACAGUACUCCAAUGGGGAGGAUAAUAAACAGGUUCAGCAGCGACAUAGCGUCCAUUGACCGCGAGGUUCCGAUGAACGCCAACAUUACUAUCGGCAACAUUGUGUGGAUGAGUUUCCUCGCGGUCGUCGUGUGCCUCACCUCGUGGUACUUCGUCAUAGUAGUAGUCUUCGCCUUCUUCCUCUUCCUGGGAGUCAUGGUACUGUCUCUGCCAACACUCCGUCACCUCCACCGCUUGGAGUCCGUGAGCCGCACUCCCGUGUACUCCCACUUCAGUGAGACCAUCUCUGGAAUCGUAUCAGUUCGAGCAUUUGGCGUGACGGAUCAGUUUCUGCACACACUGAAUCGACGAGUAGACAACAACGUCAACUGCCUCUACCACAGUAUGGCUCUCGACAGCUGGAGAAUGGUGGUUUCUUCUUCAAUUUCCCUUAUUGUCUCACUUGGCGCUUCACUAUUGACUGUCAUGGGCCGAGAAAGCCUUAGCCCAGGCAUAGUUGGUUUGGCAUUGUCAUACACAUUGCAGGUAUCUGAUGGCUUGUCAUGGACCUUUCGGCUCGCUGCCCUUUUAGAGACCAGCCUUGUUUCUGUGGAGAGAAUCAAAGAAUAUCUUAAGCUUCCUGAAGAGGCCCCCUGGACUAUAGAUGAAACGCGACCUCCAGAUGACUGGCCAAGCCUAGGUGCUGUCGAGUAUCUCAACUUUAGCAUCUCCUACCGCAAGGAUUUGGAACCCGUUCUACGAGCUAUAAACUUUGCUGCUUGCAGCGGACAGAAGAUUGGUUUGGUGGGGAGGACAGGAGCAGGAAAGUCGACAUUUGCACUGUCUCUCUUCAGGAUUAUUGAAGCUACAUCAGGGCGUAUAUCCGUUGAUAAUGUUGAUAUAAGCGAAAUUGGACUGCAUGACCUUCGUUCAAAGAUGACCAUAAUACCUCAGGACCCAGUCUUAUUUGCGGGGACCCUCAGGUGGAAUUUGGAUCCAUGUGAAGAAAACACGGAUGAAGAACUGUGGACAGCGCUGGAACAGAGUCACCUCAAAGAUUUUGUGGCGGAGCAGGAAGCGGGCUUGGAGUACGAGAUUACGGAAGGUGGAGACAACCUAAGUGCUGGACAGAGGCAGCUUGUUUGCCUGACACGAGCACUGUUGAGAAAGAGCAAGGUGCUAGUCCUGGAUGAAGCAACAGCAUGUGUUGACCUUGCAACAGAUCAUUUGGUGAAGGAGACUCUUCAGAACCAAUUCAAGGACACCACAGUCAUCACUAUAGCUCACCGACUUCACACAGUUAUGGACUGUGAUAGGAUUGUAGUGCUGGCUGCUGGUGCCAUACUGGAGCAGGGAUCACCACAAGAACUCCUGCAAGACCAAGGCUCAUCAUUUUACAUGAUGGCAAAAGAUGCUGGCCUGGUGUGACAUUUUAUACUUGUACAUGAGAUACACGGGCAUUGAGAUUAAUAUUUUUUGUGUACAGAAGCUUAUACUUGCACCGGUUACAAAAUAAACUUUAUUUUUAAAAAAAUG